GGGCCUUCUACGUUGUCCGUCACGUGCGGUCUUGAUGCGUGCUCUCUUCCUUGUCUGCUUGCUUCUUCGCUGUUACGAUUGUUUUAGAGCGGGCUGCGCCGUCAACCGAGUACCUUCCAUCUCUGAAAGUGAAGUUAGAGCGAGCCCGCCACUCCCAACAUUACGCCCGAUCAUCUUUCUUAUCUUCAGAUCCGUAAAAUAAUUGCUGCUUUAAGCUGCUAUUUUUCUUUUUCUUCUUCUUUUCACUUGCUACUGCUAUUGUGGGUGUGUGUGUGUGUGCGUGGGUGCGUGUGUAUCGGCAGCUAGCAGCUACCGCGGUGGCAGGCGCAGAGAUGGCCGUCCAUUCUGCACGCAGCACAAACGUGUUGCCGGCACAGGGAGUCACGCCGGGGCACACACACGCACACACACGCACACACACCUUGUGCGUUUCCUUUUUCUUUCGUUCCCCGUUUUUACGUUUUAUCCUCCUCCUUUGUGUGCGGUACGCUGGUGGCGCAGCGGCCUGCUCCUCUACGCUUCGCAGUGCCGCACUCCGGCAACAGCAAUCGUCAACGGAAAACAUACGCGUCCGUUAAAUGUCGCCUUGCGCGCGGCAAACUCCUCUGGGAGUUGUUUGUCCCCCGCUCAUGAGCGCUGUGCACGUCGCAUUCUCGCCGCGACGCCCCUCCUUGCUUUCAUGGGCACGGCUGUGUGUGUGUGUGCCUUUCCCCGGCCGAAAGGCGGCCGUGCAGCCCCCCCCCCCCUCCCUACUCGUCUGUUCCACUCCUCCGCUGUCCUCCUCUCCACCGGCACGCGCGCUGCCCUCUGCCGCAACGCGCCGUCCGACCAGAACGCACAUUUGCUGCACCGUCCCUCACCGAGCCCGCACGACCACCCAAAAGAACACGAUAUUCUUAAACCCUGCAAAAGAGAAAAACAAGUAAACCCACCCUCCCGCAUACACACUCACCAUGUCCCACACUGGCUUCGGUGCUUCCGGCGACGUCGACCCCGACCUGCCGCUGACCCCGGAGGGUCUGACCUACCACGUCACGUGCACCGCAGAGCACCUGGCGGACCGCAUCGUGCUUGUCGGCGACCCGGGCCGCGUGAAGAUGGUGGGCACCUUCCUCGACAAGGACAGCAUCUGCUACGAGGCGUCGCACCGCGAGAUCAACGUGAUCACCGGCAAGUACCACGGCGUGCCGGUGACGGUGAUGAGCACCGGCAUGGGCACGGACAACGUGGAGAUCGUGAUGAACGAGGUGCACAUCCUGAAGGAGUACGACGUGGAGAAGCGGCAGUGGCGCACGCGGGUGGGCGAGACGCCGAAGAACGCCGACGAGAAGCUGUUCGACCCGUCGAAGGUGAAGCUGAUCCGCGUGGGUACGUGCGGCUCGCCGAACGACGAGGUCGCGGUGGGCUGCCUCGCCAUCACGCAGUACGCCAUCGGCAUGGACAACACCUGCCAGUACUACGAGGCGCCGGCGGUGAACCACACGGCGGACGUGCAGGAAGUGCUGAAGAAGGUGCAGGCGACCACGCUGGGCAAGGUGCAGGUGUACGCGACGAAGGCGGCGCCCGCCAUCACCAACGGCCUGGUGGAGUCGUGCAAGAUCCUGAACAGCACCCUGCCCGCGGCGGAGCAGCAGGCCUACUACGUGGGCACGACGUGCAGCGGCAGCGGCUUCUACGGCUGCCAGGGCCGCAGCGUGGGUCGCUUCCGCGGCCACCUGACGGUUCCGCACCUGACCGACGAGCUCGCCGGCCUGCGCUUCAACGUGAGCGAGGGCGUGCAGCGGGUGUCGAACAUCGAGAUGGAGAACAGCGCGCUGUGCUACCUGAGCAACUUCCUCGGCUACCAGGCGGGCACGGUGUGCGUGGUGAUCGCGGGCCGGUCCCACGCCCACCACGCGUUUGCGACGCCCGAGCAGACGGCCAAGGCCCUGUCGAACGGCCUCACGAUCGCCCUGGAGACGCUGACGCGCAACUGA